GCUAAAGUUAGACAGACCAUAGAGCGAGUGACUUCAAAUACCAAUGGCGUGCCUGGGAGAAAUCUAGUGGAUAUUAAUACAAUAGCCACUGCUGGUCAACUAGGUGUUAUACAAGGCGCCGGAGCAUUCCAGCAACCCCAGCCGUCAACCAGUCCUGCUCCAAAUGGAAUGAACCCCGGAGGUAGCGGUCCUUCGACGGCGGUACCGCAAAUUACUCCUUGGGUCUCGGAUGAGCAGUCGGGAAUGCCUAGCACACCUCAAGGAGCCUUCCCAAACCAAGUGCCGACGGCUGGUCCCAGCAUAGCUCCCGCACCGCAGGCACAGGCAUCCAUGAUGCCCGACGGGAUGCGACCCCCACAGAUAGGCUAAGAUGAAGCCCGUCAUCCAGUCAGGUCCCAUCCUUCCACCGACUGAGGAGCAAUUCUCACAAGCAAGGGUCGCGAUUCAGAAAAUGAAACAAGUUUUCUCAUCAUAUGGACUAGUCGAACUGCAGCAGCAAGUGGUGGCAGAUGACCAGCAAAUGGAAUAUGACGAACUGCUACAGCAGGUUCACAAGAUAACCCGGCGUCUUGAUGAGAAACUGCCAUUGUACUGGAUUACUUUGAAAUCGGACGAUGUAAUUCGCGAGCUCGUUGCAAUUGUGUUGAUGGUGGAACGUCAAUGGGAGCGUUGUUCAAGGGGGUCACCCCGGUUCAUAAUCGGUCUUCACACUCUAAAGAACAUGUCUAUACAACUACGAAAGUCUAUCAAGGUCUUCGAACAAAGGCAUCCGAUGAUCACUACCGCCGUCGCAUCGCAACAAAUGGGUGAUGGACUUACUGGUCAUCGACCGUCCUCGAUUACCGCUCCCAAUAUCCCUCCCUCCGCUCAGCUUACGCCCCGUCAAACCAACCAGUCUCUCACACCUUCCGUUGCUCUGUCAAAAAUCCGCCCCAAAAUUCUCAUUCCAGAUUUAACUGGGCUCAUUACCCGAUGCAACAAAGACCCCGUUUCCGGCGGGGCAUACGGAAAUAUUUACAAUUGUAUAUACCACGGACCAGACGGCGAUGUAGAGGUUGCCGUCAAAGCAAUUCGGUCACAAUUCUUCAGUGCCAAGGUAAUGUUCUAUGGCAUGGAACGGUGAGAUCUGAGUCAGCUUUUUUUAGGCUCUUCAGAGAGAGCUU